CAAGAGUGGGCCGCGGUAGUCGGGGGUAGGGACCGUACGUCAGCGUGUCGCUGCCUCGCUAUCGUACGUAAAAUCACGGACGAAUCAAACAUGGCGAAUCCGUCGCUGUUUACGGUACGAGCAUACGGUUACUAGUGCCGCGACGGCUGGUGCCAGUACGCGAGAGUGACUCUACGGUGUAGGUGCGUGAUCGUGCCAUCGCGUAUUAACGGAUUCGGGUACGAAUCGCGGAUAUGGAGCUGCACAGGGCGGUUACGGCGACGAAGAAAGCGUCGGGCGGCGGCGGCGGCGGCGGCGAUGGCGGUGCCGAUGAUGGAGUACGCGACGCGAAGGGCGUAGAGGAUGGGCCAACGCCUGCGACGUCAUCGCCUCCGGUCGCCAAGCGAGUGCCGCGAUCUGUCGGCGAGAGCGCGGAGCGGGGCGACGAUUGCCCUGACGGAGGCAAUGUAAGCCCCAGUCGAUCAAUAAGUGACGAUAAUAUUUUUAAAAUCCCUGGUUUAUUCGCUGACAAGGACCUAAGGAAGGCCUUUUUAAGCACCUUAGGAAGAUUGGAAAGCGGUAGCGGCAGCGGCGAUCAGGACGGCGGUCAGCAUGAGGACGGAACGGACAUCGCGGCGAAGAAGAGAAAAACUCGACGUGGUAAACCCAAGAAGAAAUUGAAGCCGUACUCGAAGCAGCUGUCUUAUCCGCAGCAAUUGCGGAGCAGGUGCAUCGGCAGGAUGAUCGCCAAGACUAGCAGGCAACCACCGGCCUUAUAUAACACCACGCAAUUUCUUAUGGCCGAUCACAGCGAUCUGCCCGAUCUCGAGCAGAAGUUAUCGGAAGCCGCGUCACUGGAAGUACCUGCUAUGUUUCAAAAGCCACCGGCGCCAUCGCGGACUCGCGACUCCAGUUUCAGCGUAGAUUCCGACGAGGAUUAUUUUUACUCGUCACCGGAAGACGAAGAGGAAUUUUUAACGAAGGAAUUCUCAACCGCGUAUGAAGCUGUUCACGAGGAGCGAUUGAGCACGCUGACGAAGAUGGAAUUGAUACAAGAAUACAGGCACUUAGAGGCCAAGAUGGAUUCGUUGACGAAAAGAUUACGUAACAAGGGCAUUCAUCAAAUGGAGGAAAGGGAUUCGGAGAAUAAAAAUGUGUCCACUACAGAUUCCGAGAUGGCGAAGAAAUUGAAGCUGUGCCAACAGCGAAUCGACGAUCUGCUGCAGCAGAAUGAGCAGCUGAGGCGGGAGAACGAGGUGUUGCGUACCGAGAAGAGAUUACGAGCGAGCAGCUCCGAAUCUAGUGUCGACAGUGAAAGCGACAGCGACAGUUCUAGUAAUAGCAACCAAAGUGGAUGUAGUUGCUCUCUCUCGAGUCCAGUAACAUCUCCUAAGCAUACUUAUAAACCUAGAUUAGAUAAUAAUGUAAGAACAGAUAACAAAAGCGAUAGCUGCGAUACUAGCCAAACUGGAAGCCCCAGAACAUCUAUAACACCUACUAAUUUCUCUAACGGUCACAUAAUUCUGAAUGAAACCGGUAGUUUACCUACGUAGAUUUUCAAAAUUGCUUCUCGGUACGUAUCAGUAUGAUAUUACGUUCGAUAUUAUAAAAAGUUCUCACGGUAAGGCAGGCUGCAUCCAUUCGAUAUAUCGAUGCAACGUUUAAAUAAAGCAGAUUCUUCAGUCAAUUUUGUUGGGAUCGAACAACAUUUGACCUUUCUUCUAAUAUCUGCUAAAUCUUGUUAGACUAUCGUUUAAUAUCCCGUUACUAUUUGCUGAUCCAUUCUUCUUUCCCUUAAGACUGUAUAUAUCCAUACAGUCAUGCGGAUACAUAAUAAAUGUAUAACAAUAUAAAUAUAGGAUUAAUGUUCUAUAGGAGAACUGCUCGCAUCUGUUUGUGCUAUUUUGUUAUCUGCUUGGCAAAAUAUUUACCAUACCUAUCAUGUAUUUGCUUCUAUCUCCUGUUUACUCUUCUAGUACCGUAUACAAUGGAAUUUGUUUUUCAGCCUGAUUUCUUUUUUCUCAUUUCGCGUACUGCCAGUUAUAAAAGUUUGUUUUUAUGUUUGCAAAUAAACGGUCUACAGACCAUCAACUAACGCAGACCUAUGUAUAUAUAUAUACGCAUGGGUGAAGUGCGAUUCUUUUAGACCCAUCAGAAGUAUUAUGUAUAAAAUGUAAUAUUAUCAAAUGUGAUGACCUAUAUUGUAGAAGGUUGAAAAUCUUUGUACAAUUGUAUAGUUUUAGUCAGUAAGACGAAAUGUUAGUUUAUGGUCUGAAAAUGUAAGAUACGCAAAAAGUGUUUUUCGCAUUCCCAAUUUUUAAUAAAUUUUAUGUUUUGCUCCGACGUGUAUGUUUUAAUUAUAAACAAUUGUGUUUAGGA